GUCAUUUCGGGACAAGCGGAUCAUUUAUGAUGAAGAGGAUGAGCUUCAAGAGAAUGAUUCGGGGUUCUUGCAGAGUGGAACCAUGCAGUACCAGACACGAGAUAGAUCUUCCAAAGAACAAGGACUUUUUCGAAUAAGCCAAUUCAUUUGGGACCCUGCAGAUCCACUCUUUUUCCUAUUCAAAGAUCAGCCUCCUGGCUCUGUGUUUUCACAUCGAGAAUUAUUUGCAGAUGAAGUGAUGUCAAAGGGGAUUCUUACUUCCCAAACAGAUCCUCCUACAUCUAUAUAUAGAUGCUGGUUUAUCAAGAAUACGCAAGAAAAGAUCCUCCUUCAAAUUGUUGAUUAA